AUGACCGGCCGUGGUAAAGGUGGUAAAGGACUCGGAAAAGGAGGCGCCAAACGUCACCGAAAAAUCCUUCGCGAUAAUAUCCAAGGUAUCACUAAACCCGCUAUCCGUCGUCUAGCACGUCGUGGUGGUGUUAAACGUAUCUCUGGUCUUAUCUAUGAAGAGACCCGUGGUGUUUUAAAAGUUUUCCUUGAAAAUGUUAUUCGGGAUGCUGUCACUUAUACUGAGCACGCAAAACGCAAGACUGUUACGUCUCUUGAUGUUG